AUGGACAUCGAAGUCUCCCUCUCGGCAAGACCCUCUUCCUCGGCCGCCAUCAAUAUCCCAUCCCCACCACUCACACCCCACCCCAUCUUCGACGAUGACCAGACCUUCCAACAAGACCAUUCAUCCACAGCCGUCGAUCCCGACGAUGACAGCGACGGUAUCUUUUCGUCUCGCUUCCAGAAACAACAUCGUCUCCAGCGCGACGAACAAAAACUAAAGUUGCGCUCCUCCAGCUCCUCGGCGCCCUCAGCGAUGUCUCCACUCCAGAUGCGUGCCUCGUCCAAUGUUCCCAUGACCACGACUGGGUUUACUUUCACGAGCAACACGCAGGCCAAGGAGGCCCGUGAGAGCUACGAGCACUUUUUGAGCACGAUGGAGGAUGACUACUGGAAGAGUGUCUCUACCAUCCGCACGACCUACUUUUUUGACGGCAUCGGCCGUGGUGGUGGCUUCCUUGCCAUCCCUCACUUGGCAUCGCAUGGCAACGCCAAGACAAACGUCAUCUGUAGACUGCUCGAGGCCUGGUUAACCAAGAAGCUGGUUGAGCCUACCAUCUCGGACUCGAUCCCCGUCCUCGAGGAUAACAUCCAGUCCUCGGUCGAGUCGAUCGAACAACAUCUCCGCCAGGACCCCAAGGUCUGGUCCGGCAUCUCCAAGAGCUACAUCCACAUCCGCUGUGGCCAUGUCUUUAUGCUCAACACCUGCUGUGACGACGAGACCAUUGUCCACCUCGGCGCCGAUGAGUUCUACCAAGACUACCCACUCUUCGUGGAUGUGGAGAUCAAGAUGAACUGUGAGUCCAACUACCAGCUCAAGGAGAACCACUCGACAGAGGUCCUCAUUGCCUUCCAGAAUGUCGUCAACCGAGGCAACAACCUCAAGGGCUCCACCGACGGUGAGAAGGACCAAGCUCCCUAUGUCCAUCGCGCCCUCAUUGGCGAGACCACCAAGCGCCGCUCCUCUCAAGCCAACUGCCUGCUAUAG